AUGGAUCCUCUAACCUCUACCAAUGUUGUGUUAUUAAUGGUAACUCAAUAUGAGAAAAAAAUAGAGGUAACAACCACCUUGAAUCCUACUGAAAUACGUAUGGCUUGCAUGGUUCAAGCUAACAACACCAACAUUUUCAAGAAAGAUCGACCUACGUGUGGUCAUUGUGAUGUUAUUGGUCAUCUUAAGGAGAAGUGCUUCAAGCUCCAUGGAUAUCCUCCAGGCUACAAGAAAACUCAAAGCUUCAAGACUGCAAAUCAAAGCCAUAAUGUGAGUGAUCAUGGUGUUGCAGGUUCUAAACCUCUUUCAGAGAUGCUAGCUAUGACUCCAAAAAACUAUCAACAACUCAUCCACUUCUUGCAGACACAAAUGACCAAGGUUGGCACAUCUGAAGUAACUCCAUUUGUGAAUUCAUUCAUAGGACAUCAAGCAAUCCAAGAUGAUUGGCAAGGGUGA